GUGAGGAACUGGGGAGAGUAUCAGUUAGGAAAAAGCAAAAUGGACGAAGUGGCGGAUCUACGGGUAGGAAAAGCCACAAAUUUCCUGUUGUUCGGCGUAUUCUUUUUAAUAAUUAUGAUUCCAGUUGUUAAUUUGAGAUUUUUUCUUUCAUAUACAGCAUAUGCUAUUGAGUUUUCGUGUCUCAGAAUUACAGUCACUGCUUGUGUUUGCGGGACGGUCUAAAACGGGAAGAAAACAUGAACUUAUGGGCCGAGCGCUCCAAAUGUUGAAAAGCGAAGGAAAUCAUCAUGUCAGAAAGAAACUACGGGAAUUGUAUGAAAGACGAUGCCCUCGGAAAGUGGUUAUACCUCCAGCUCAACCAAGACCGGCGAUACAACCGCCAGUUCAACGUUCUUCGCAAUUACAAAGUGUGAAUUCGGACACAACCGGCGUUCCCGUGCACCCUGACGUUCGACUUUCACAUUUACCGUUCUUUGAACAAAUCGACGACCUAGUGCGACCAACAAGCUUAGGUGAGUCUUCAGUGUAUCGUCCUUAGAAAGUAGGCGGAUUUUGGCUGUUAACGCCGUGUAAAAUCGGCCAUGUCUCGUUUGUUUCUAGAGAUUUCCAUUCUGCUUAGUAAGUGAAAUGUCAUUCGUGAAGUAAGUAAUGACGAUACAGCAUUUUUUUUGGUAAGGCUUGACAGAAUAAAGUCGUUUAUGGACUUAAAAAUUAAAUUGACUGUCAAAUGCUUUUUUUUUCAGUAGAUGUACUUUCUUUAUCCAAUUUUUCUUUGCGGAGAAAUUUCCGCGCCACAUUGACGUUGAUGUACUCCAAGCCCUUAAAUUACGGACGGAAAUUCUUUGCGCAAUCUUUGUUCGAAGCGUGGGCUUUAGAAGGCAAAUGCCUUUGGUAAACUGAUGUAAGAGUGGUUUGAAUCUUUUCUUAGAAUUUCGGUUUAAGGACAGGGAGUGCUUUGUGUUUAAAAUAAAAUUCAAAGGAACACUCUAAUUAUGAUCAUUAUCGGGUUAGUAGUGCUCUUUAACAUGUUCUGUUGUGUUUUGCUUUGUUCUGUUUACUUUGUUCUCAAAUCAGAUUCUGCCUGUUGGAUUUGUUUGUGUAGUGAAUCGAAAAGUAAAAGAGGUCAUUGCAGUGAACCUGUCUCUAUUCAGGAUUCAAAAGAUGGCCUAAACAAUCCUUUUAGGUUCUUUUUUUUCAUUAUUCAACUAUUCUCUUUUAUUGCUGUCUUCUUUAUUGAUAGGAUAGAGGUUUUACAACUGAAAAUUAAACAAAACAGAAUAAUUUUAACAGCUCUAAGGUUUUAAAAUACUCCCUACCUCAUGACAUGGCCAUAUCUGACCACUUUUUUUUUUUUUUUUAGAAGUCAAUUAAAAAUUGUCCAAACACAAUAUAAUAAUUCAUGACAGAAGUUGUUUGGUCUUGUACCAUCAUACAGAACAACUUGGGAGCUAUUAGGAGAAUCUACAGUGUUUUUUAAUUUGGGAUGAUAGGUCCAUGCAAUUAAAUGCAAUGCAUGUCAAUUAUUAUGGUCAAAGAAAAAAAAGACAAUAUUAGAAAUGUAUACUCAUAAUAAAUCUAAAGGAGAACAUUAGAAAUAUCUGCUGGCCUUCUAAAGGCUUUCAAAAUGACUCUUGAACCAUGAAAGGGCUUGGAAUCCAUUGAAAACUAUUUUAGAUAUUUAAAUCCUUCACUUAGGGAAGUCUGCCCUAAAAGCCAAAUAAUUAGAUUUGUAACAACAUUAAGAGAAUGACAUCCCUAGAUCUUUUUCACUCUAAUUUUACGCUGAUCAUGUAUAUCAUGCAAUUUAUAUGAUUAUAUAUAUAAUACUAUAUACGGUGAUAGAAGAAAUAGAAUGUACUGAAACAUGCUUGUACAAUUACCAUCCUCACAGUGGCUACCUCCUUACUGAUACUUACUGAAAUACUUAUGUCAAAAUUAACUUUUAAUUUUUGGAUAAUUUCAAGCUUGAAAAUAUGAUAAAAAUUGUGUUGGUGUUAAAAUUGUCAUCUGUCCAUGCAAAUCUAUGUCUAUUUUCAUGUCAGGAUAAUGGUAGACACAACUUGAUAAAAUCAAGUGACCAACAUGUACUAUGGUUAAAAAUCCUUGUUUCAUUUUGCUUGAUUUUUAUUGACAGAAGAAGUUGAUCUAGAGAAGGAUGAAUUUUUAAAACAACAGAGAAUACAGUCAUCAGUUGUAACUGGUUUAUGAAAUUUUUAAAUUCUCUUUCUCCUCUUAAAGAGCAAGUUGCCUGCUUGUGUGAAGGGAUAUACUUAGAAAUGUAGACAUACUCUUUUUUAGGUGAAAUUGCAUACUCUGCUGACAAAUCUCCUGUUUAUUUUGCCACAUGAUGUGUUGCUUAUGUUUCACAAAAUGUUGUUUUUAGUUCUUCGUGGGUUGUCGCACUUUCAAGAAGCAUAUGUCAUGUUCCAUCUUACGCCGAGCCAAGUACAACUUAUAAGUAGUUCAAGGUAAGCAAAUUUUUUUAGUAGCUUGAUUAAAUUUAAGUUUGAACCUAAAAUUUACCUAAGCACUUAGUCUAGAUACCUAGUUUGACAAGUGGUAUGCUUAUUAUAAAGUGUGCACAAGCAGUGUUCUCCAAAUUUUGAGCACUACAGGUGAAAUAAAUUUUUAAAGUAGUAGAAAAACCCAUUUAGCUGACAGUGUUGAAUUUACAAGACUUCCAAGCAAAGUUAAGCAGGCAGAAGAAGUACCAAAGGCAGUAAAUUUUACCAGUUACUGCCUGAGAAGAAGAACACUGAACACAAUUCAAGGUGGUCUCAGUGAGCAGCUGUGUACACCUGUAAUUUUUUCUUUGGAAGAUUCUCCUGUAUGAAUUGCUUUUAUCAACCAAAAAAAAUUGAUUUCUGAGCCACUUUCUUUGCAAAGUACAUGUUUCACAGACAUGAUUUAUUUGCUCACCACUUUGCUAUUAAAAAUGAUGAUAUAUAUAUAUAUAAGUUUGCAGUUCUUAGGAGUGUUUAAACAUCUGCAUGAACUAACCAUACAGUUGAACCUCUCUCAUAGGGAUACGCGGCCAAAUUCUAGGAAUGAGUAUACAGUCCAAGUCCAGUUAAGGUAUUGUUAUGUUGGAAUGCAUUAUUGGUUUUGAAUCUUAUUACACAAUGUGUGGGUGGCUUUUUGAGUAGGAAAAGAUGAUGCAAAUCUUAAGUUAUGAUUGGCAGCUGGCUGGUAUUGUUUGUGCCCAAAGUAUUAUGUUGAGCUUUCUCUCAUAUAAUUAGUACUUUAGUUAUCCAGUAUAAGCUGGCUCUAUUCAAUCCUAUUUAUUCUUUUUCCCUGCAUUUUGAAAGAAUUUGGUCUUUGGUAUGUUGAUCUCAUGCUGGGUUAAUAACAGAUUUGAAUUGGUCAUGAACUGGUCACAUUUCAGUCCUCUCAGACUACUAUUUUGUUUCAUGUAUUGAGUCUGUAAAGAGCCAUGCAGGAUUGAAUUACUUGCUAUAACACAUAGGUCAGUUCAUACCCAGGGAUGCAGUAUAAAUGAAGUAAAUGUAGUGUACGAAGGUAGUUUAAUGUUUCUGUCCAACUAAAGUACAUCCAUUUAGUUGACAGGAUUUCAACUUGAAUUUUAGAAUUAAGGGGGAAGGUUGUAUUUAUUGUUCCUUAUAAUAAAGUGCAUCUUUCAUAUUCAGAUUUUGCCUAUUUGAAACAAGUUGUGUACAAGAGGACAACUUUCCAUCUUCGCUGUGUGUCAAAGUGAAUGGAAAAAUGUGUCAGAUUAAUACAGUAUGUUCCAAUUUUCUUAUGUUCUUGUUUGAACGUGUGCUUGAAACUGUCUGUUAUAUUGUUUCUGAAGCUUGAGCUGUGACAUUUUGCUUAAAAAAUGGCCAAGAGACUGGCAGUGUGAUGAAAUGAGUUAACUCUUUUUCUGUUUCUAAAGCAUACUAUAUGCAAUGAAAAUCUCCAGAGCAUAGAAAUUUUGAUCAAAUAUUGGAAAAAUUUAUCAGUACUGAAAUCACAAAGAAAUCAUCGACCUAACCCUUUCAAAUUUAAAGUGAUUGACAUAAUUCUUUCCUUUGGAUGUUAAGUUUUACCCAAUAAGUCAACUUGUUUAAUAAACAAAAACUUGCUACUAGGGGUUUUUUUCUGGAUUGUAAACUAAAUUUUCUCCCAUACAACUAAUUUAUGAAAAGACAUGUGUCAGUUUAGUGGGAGAAGUAAAGAUCAGACCUUGGAAGUUGAGGGCUCAACAAUGUUCGUAAUUGCUAAUUGAAAGUUGAUUUUCUUUCAGGGUCACACAUCACAGAACUGCAAUCCUAAUACUGAAUCAAAACGACCCAGUAAACCAGUAAAUAUAACACAAUUGUGUCGUCUAUCACCAACUGUACCAAAUCACAUUCAUGUUUCAUGGACACCAAAAUUUGGUCAGGUAAGCCUGAUUAUUUAUUCAAUGGAGUUAGAUAUUCCACAAAUUAUAACAAAAGGCUCUGUACAAAGCAGUUUUCCAUUUAAAAAUGUGAGUGAAGUUUUAGGAAUGCUGGCAGCUAAAAUUUCAUGAGGUGUUUUUUGAAGAAUCUCAUCAGUAGGGACACAGUGAUGCAUAUUAAGUGAUUUAAGGUUUCCUCCCAUAAAAUUCCUCAAAUAUUACAAUGCAAACUGAACACCACAGUAUGAUGUUUGAACUUUGUACAUAUGGGCUGUACCUGAGUUAUUUUUACUCCUAUUAAGAAUUAAUAUGAAUAGAUCCAACAUGUGGAGGAAAGAACUAAAAAAAUAAUGUUACAAUUAGCUUUGGCUUCAUUGUAGAUUUUGAGAAGCAGAGGAGGUUAUAGUUGUUUUUGUGUUCUAUAUGAUGCAAGUUUUGCAAUAAACAACUAAAUUAAUUUCUACACUAAUCUGGGGUCAACAUAGUGGGAAGCUAUAUAGAUUUUACAAAACUAAGCACUGUUUGAAUUGUGAUUCUAUUCGACAGAGACAUGUGGUAACAGUAAAACUUGUCAGGGCUGUCACUUCAAGUUGCUUAAUACAGAGACUGAAGAUCAAUGGUUACAGAAAUCCAGACCACUCAAGGGCACUGAGUGAGUGCUUUUAAUUUUGCAAAGUGCAUGUACUCCUGUAGCAGCAUACAUAUUAGAAAACUACUGACAUAUAGUUUUAACAUAUUCUAAGUUAGGUGUUUCUUGAUUUUUUAUUUCAGUCAAGGAAAAGUUGGCCCAUGAUCCAGAUAGUGAAGUGGCCACUACAAGUUUACGAGUUUCCCUUCUUUGUCCAGUGAGUUCAAUUUAAUUUGGCAUAAGAUGGGGUUUAUGUUUGUUUUCAGUUAUUUCAGCCCUGUUCUUUUGGAUCUGUACUGAAAUUUAUACAACAAUCUAUGAUAUGCAUCUUAACAUGAAUUUCUGAUUUAACACCAGCCAUGGUUUUUUUUGUUUUUUGUUUUAAUUUCAUUGUUGUUCUUUUAGCUUGGAAAGACACGGAUGACACUUCCUUGCAGGUAAGUACUAAUUUUGUUAGGACUUACUUAGGAAUGAAUGGUUGUCCAUAGAUUAUUUCCUUUUAAAUAACUUGUUUGUUUUCACUUGCAGGGCCAUCACAUGUAACCACUUACAAUGCUUUGAUGCAGCUUUGUAUUUGCAGAUGAAUGAAAGGUACAUUAAAUAGCUUUCACUGUUAAUUGAUGUUUCUUUGAAUUUUCUCUUGUUGUAUAAGAGCUAUCAUAAUGAUAUUUGUUUUUGUUUUUGUUUUUGUUUUUGUUUUACAAAUGUACAGGCUACAAAAGUUCAAAAUUUUUAUUCUGAGCCACACACUAUUGUAAAAAAAGAGUAAUUUCUCUUACAAGUGGAAAUUGAAUUUUUUCUACACUGCAUAUUGAAAGUAAAUCUCUGUUUUGUUUUAAUUUAAAUCUUCUUCUAUUCUUUUUUUUUUUUAAACAUAAAUGUGAUGUUUUCUUUUCUUUUGCUCUUUAAUAUCCCUGUAGGAAAACAACAUGGAUCUGUCCAGUUUGUGAUAAGAAGGCGCCGUUCGACAAACUUGUAUUGGACGGGUAGGAAGCUUUUUCUCACAUUCUUGUUAGGCACAGGAGUAUACAACCUUAAAACAUGAGUUUGGUAUUACAGUGAGGGAAUUUCCUUAAAUUGAUGUAACAUAAAUUCUGUGGAGUACCAAUCACAAACAAGGAAAGCAUCCUGUAUCUGAAAUCAAUUGUAGCUAUGUAUCUCCAUUUUGAUGAUGAGUUGUGCAUUUUACUUCUUGUAAAGGUUAUAACAGAGAAAUUGAGUACCCUUUAAGAAUCAAGAGACAAGAAUUUGAUGAUUUUUCAACCCAAAGUGUAACACUGCAGGAACCAUUAACUUUGUUCACCAAAAACGAAUUUGUAACAAACAAUCAAAUGCCUGAAGUGUAUAAGACACUGUCAACAAAAACUUUGUAUCUUUUGUUCUUACAGAUUGUUCAGAGAGAUUCUUGAGGCAGCUGUGAAUUGUAACGAGAUUUCAUUUCAUGAAGAUGGUUCUUGGAGACCAAUAAACGACUUGCAAGGUAUAAAGCACCUAUCUGCUUUUGAUCCUUAAUAUAUAUGAAUAAGCAGCCAGGUCAGUACUCCUUGUUUUGCCCACAAUAUCAAUUGUCAUGUCUGUGAAAUACAGUUUUCACAGCCAAUAUUUGUGAGUCACUCAGAGCCUAAAUUUUAGAGCAAGUUGACAGAAGAGUGGGUAAGGCCCUAGGAACAGCUUGUAACUGAUCAGUGAAAGCACUCCAUGAAACAUGGCAGAGGUUGUAAUGGCAGUUGUUAAUAUUGGAUAUCACCAAGCAUAUUUACCCUAUAAAGUGCUGCCCUAGAUGAAGUGCUGCUCCAGAACAGGUGCCAAAUGUGGGAGAAACAUGUAGUAGUGGCUGCCCCCAUGCCUGUGGCAUUCCUAAGCCAAAAAAUGAAAUAAAAGCCACUGGACUUAUUUAUGUAAAAGUAUUUUCUUCAAAUUUAAAUCUCUAAAGUUGUGCAAAAACAUUGAAAGUUAAUAGUAGCGCUGAUCUUUUCUUUCAUUCCUCUUCCUCAGAACAUGAAAGUAAGAAAGCAAUCAGUGCACUUAUAUCUAGUGCAGUUGUGUCAUCACCAGAAAAAAGUGUCUCAUCAAGCAAACUGCAUCACCAGGGUAUGUCACACAUAUCUGUAUGUUGAAAAUUGUUUAAUUUUUUUUUGUCUCCUGCAAUUGUGCAAUUUUAUUUAUUUUAGGAACUUUUUAUAUUGUUCUUUCCUGAGCAGAAGGGUUCAGACUUUUCAUGAAUAGCCAUCUCCUGUUGAAGAUGUUUUUCAGCUUCCUCUGGAUAUUGAAUUAACCCAUAAACUCCCACGGGUGACCAAAACAUAAUUUCUCCAUACAAUAUCAAUAUAAUAUCAAGAAGACAAGUUAAUUAAAUGGAAAAAAUAUAAAUUGUGAGAUUAUUAAUCGAUCUAAUACCAAAUUCUCCAAAAUAACUCCCUAAGAAUUGUAUGGCAGUCAGUUUAGGAGAGUUUUUAAUGAGACCUUGGGAAUGAAAGAGCUGAGUGUGUAUUUACCCUUGUAUACAUGUAGAGGAAGGAGAAUUUUGUCAUUUGCUAGUAGCUGAGAGUUGCCCUUUAGAGUAACUGCCCGAUUCUGAUUUUUUUCAGGAGAGACAAAAGAAGUCGACAACAAGAAGGAAAAAGAGUGUGACAUUAUAGACCUCACUCUCGACUCUGAUUCAGAAAGUGAAAAGGAUACAAAUGAUAAUGAUGAUGAUCAAGAAAGUGACAAUGAUCGUGAUUUAAACACACCCAGGUACAUUGUUUGUUUCUCAGCCCCUCAUGUAGGCUGCAUACACUUCUGCCUGUAAAUUUCAAGAAUUCUAGACCGUGGAACAGUCUUUCAUUGGAUGCAUGGACAUUAAAUGUUCAAUUGUUGAACCAAAAUCAUACUUAUUCUACAUUUGAGAAGUAUGCAAAAAAUUUUGAUGUACAAAAAUGAGUAUUUUUUUCUAAUUUGGCCACAUGAUGUGGGUCAUUGAUGUAAAUCUCUCUAGACUGGUAACAUAGUAGUGUCUGAAAGUGUUCUGUUUGUAUAGGCCACCCUAUGGUGUCAUUAACACUGCACCUGGACCUGGUGGAGUUAAAUCACCUCCUGGUUUGAAUCCAAUGGUGUUUCCAAACAACACAGGUACAAUACCUGGAACAUCAACCUCAUCACUGCUGAAUCCAAACUUUUUCCCUCCUCCUCCACUGGACUUUCCGUGCCAAGGUACUUUGCCGUUCACCACAAAAAAAAUUAUAUAUUAUCUUGAUUGGUUUUUCAAUAGGCAAGGAUUUCAGUAAUGAUUUCUACAGAUGACAGCUGAUGGUGUUGUAGACAGCUGUGCCUGGAAAAGGGGCCUUAACGCUGUAACCUUUUAAGAGUGACUAGCAUCUGAUAUCUCCUUGCAAUAUCACCCUUGAAUCAAACAGUAAGGUCAUGAGAAUAUUGGAAAUGAUCACCAACUACAGCAGCUGUUGAUUAUUAAACAAAUUUUCUUUGUCAGCACCUAGGGAAAUGUAUAGUGAAUGGUAUGGAGAAUAUGGAUGCUGAUGUUAGGGGGUAAAGGGUUAAUGCAAAACCCAAACACAAGAGCUUGCUUGCAGGCUAAUAAACAAACUAUGUUGAGAGGUGCUAUGAGUGGCAAUAGACCACUGGUAACCUGCCUUGUUGAAACUCUGGAAUAAGUAGAGGGAAAUCCACCAUUUAUUGUAUUAACUUUUAUUAUCCUUUCUGUUUCUUUUCUUUUCUUUUCUUUGUGGUGGAUUUUGUGUGUUAUUUUUUAAGAAAUUAAUGUUAAACCAAGAUUGAAGUCAAAUUGUGACACUUGCACCUGAAAAGCAAUAGGGCUAACUUUGCUCACUAAUUAUUUUUGCUCUUUCUUUUGGUUAAAUGCCUCUCAUCAUCUGUCUUUUGAUAGGACUUGAUCUCGAAAGUAUGUACCCUCUUUUUCCUCCCAACGAAACUGUAAGUACUUUUAAUGAAUGAUAGUUUCUUUUUUGUCAAUUCUGUUGCUGUUUUUGUUGUUUGUGUUGUUAGUGUUUUAUUUAUGUCAUAAUCAUUGUGUGUCAGAGAGGAAACUGAGAACCUCUAGUGUGACAAGUUAUAGGUAGGUAGAUAGUCUGUAGUCCUAGAUAUUUUUUAUGUCAUAUUCAUCUUACAGUGCGUCUGUUGAUAAAGGGGCCUUCUUGAAAACCAAUCGCAAAAGGAUAACUUGUACUGAAGGUUCCACUUGUUUAGAUACAGCCAAUCGAUUAUAGUGUCCAGGACAACGAAUCUCAGAGCAUUCAGAGAUAACUGGGCCUUAGCUUGUGAACUAUAAUGAAAUCUAACUGCUUGGCUAGUCACUGUUCGGCAGUGGUUUCAUUAGAUUAACUCUGUUCUGCACAAUGGUUUAGUUAAAAGAUAUUGUAUGGGAAACGUAUAUUUAAAAGCAGUUAAACUUGUUUUAGCUAUUCUGUGUCAAAUUUUGAACCUUUUUUUGUGCGUUGCUGCUGAAUAGUUCAUGAAUAAGUUACAUAGGAAAAUUAUUUACGAGUAAUCAAUGUUUAAAUUUUGAUUACAAUGUAGUUUUUAAAAGGACUUGUCCUGUUGGCAAAAAUUGUUUUUUUAGAUCUAAGUCGGCUUAGUUAUUUUCUUUCUAUUUUUUUGUACCUCAUUGGCUUCUUUUUCUCAAAAUAAUUGUGUUAAGAAAGGCUGUUUUGAUAUUUCGAUAUUCAUCUCGAAAUGGCACGGGAACUUGUGAAUACGAAGACCUAAGUGCGUUUUCCAAUUGAGUGUCGUAAAACCUAACCCAAAGUAAUCGCAAAAGCUUUUAGAAGAAAGGAAAAUAUCACAAGAUGCCAAUGAGGGCUCAAAGCAAAAGCUAGCAAACCGCCCAAAGCGCGGGAAAACGCGGGUGACCUAGUCGUGAUUGGUGCUAGUUUUGUGCCUGAUCGGUUGAGAGAGUGGCGGGAGUUUUCCUGCCAAUCAUAUUGCGUAGCAAAGCGAAUCAAAAGCAAUCCCGCAUUACUUUCGACACUCAAUUGUAAUAAUUAACAACUCAUUUGGCCACCGACUAAGCACAGUAAUUUGUUUAGAAGCGAAUCAUUUAGUUGUUUUGUAUUCAGAGUUUCUUUAUUUUUGUCGUCCUCAGUAUCCAUGGACUCAUGGACUUCUUGGUCAUCACGGGUCGUCAAAUGUGAUUCAGCUGGAUUAA